UUCCGCAAAAUCGGGCGUCAUUGGCAAUGUGGCGGUAGUGGUUACUCUUCUAACUAAUGUUGUGCUCUCUUUCUUUAUCGUAAAUUUAUUAGACACAAGAACUGACCUACUUAAUAUAGUUACAUAUAACCAUGUCGAUAAACAGCAUCAACCGCGGGCUAGUCUCAGCCGGGAUAUUAGGAAUAUUCCUGUCGACGUAUGCUCUCUAUGUGGAAAUGGCAGCGGAGGCAAGACCGGGGUAUAAAGCGCUGUGUGACAUCUCGGAACGCGCCAGCUGUUCAAGGGUCCUUACUUCUGAAUACUCAAAAGGUUUCGGUAUUGUGGCCAAAAACUCCGCUUUUGAGGUGCCGAACUGUGUCUAUGGGAUUCUCUUCUAUUGCAUUAUGAUUUUUUUGAGUACAUACGAUAAUCUGCUUGCAGUGCGACUCCAAGUCUUUCUCGGCGUUUCAUCAGUUAUAAGUUGUGUUUAUUUGGCGUAUCUAUUGAUUUUUGUUCUCGGAGACUUUUGUAUUGUUUGCGUUUCUACAUAUUUUGUGAAUGCUGCAAUCACUUACGCAUCCUUUAAAAAGCAUAGUGCUAUGAAGAGUAAAAAUGUAUGAGUUACUGUUGCCAUCCAUGGAGAAUUUUUUGUAUUUUUAUUUUAGCGCCAUCUAUUUUUGCAGACGUGUACUAAAAUUUUAUAAAACUAUAUCAUAGAUGGCAUGAUUCUCCUUAAUUUUGGUGUUUGGUGGUUUUCGCGCGAAUUUUUAAAUUUUUGGGAGGGUGAUAUUUUUUUAUUGCAUUUAUUUUUUACAAUGGGUGGUUUAAAGUCAUUUCAGAUUAAAAAAAAUGAUAUGAAGAACGAGAUUUACGUUUUUGUAAAACCACAGUGUAAAACUAAUAAGUAAUAUUCUACGGAGCAUUUAUUUUUUUACAUUUU